AGACGCAUGCUGCUCAGAGUGUAUGGUAUUGGUUGUGAUCAGAUCGUUGAUCGUGCCAAGGAGUUGUUUUGGCUGGCACGUCUCUCAGAUUUGAAGAUUGGCCCAGCAUUGCUUGGCACGUUUGAGAAUGGCAGAUUCGAAGAGUACUUGGAUUCUACCACAUUAACCAGCGAUGCAAUCCACCAACCUAUAAUCUCACAGCAGAUCGCUAUCUGUCUUCGACGUCUUCAUGAUAUUAUCAAUGUCUACCCUCCUUCGAAAAGCCAAACACUUGAAGUGUGGUGCAACAUUGACAAGUGGUAUCGUGUUGUUCUUGGAUUGGUACCAUCAUUAAAAAAUAAGAACGCAGAUUGGGGUAAGAUCUUGGAUGCCUAUAACCUCGAUCAGCUUGGGCAAGAAAUUUUGCAGUGUAAGGCUAUUUUAGAACGUGUUCAAAGCCCUGUUGUUUUUGCGCACAAUGAUACACAAUACGGUAAUAUUCUUCAACUGGAGAAGACUGGAGAGUUAGUUGUGGUAGACUUUGAAUAUUCAGGUUACAACCCUCGUGGCUUUGAUAUCGCAAACCAUUUUUGCGAAUGGAUGUAUGACUACCAUUCUGAUCAGCCAGCCUCACUUCAAGCAGACAGAUUUCCUACACUUGAGGAGCGUUUGAGGUUCUGCAAGGCUUAUAUUGACGCCGGGGAAGAUAAUAGCUUGUGUGCAGAAGAUCUGGAAAGAGAAGUCUCUACAUGGCUUAUGGGACCACACGUUUUCUGGGGUCUUUGGGGUUUGAUCCAGGCAAGCCAAAGUGAAAUUGAUUUCGAUUACUUUUUGUUCUUCACACAACGCAUCAGUGCCUUUCGAAAUGAGCUAGCCAAAUGGUCAGAUAACUAA